UUUGAAGGAUCUAAGUUUUAAUUUUGCGGCUUUCUACAAUGAGUGUCUUAUUUGGCAUAGUUUUAAUUGCUAUGUUUACUGCUAAAAGUGGAUUGGAAGUUAAUUCAUCUAGUAGUAUUAUUGACUUUUCAAUAUUGAUCAACUUGUAUGAUGGUAUAAAACCUGUUCAUAUAUCAGGUUUUAUGCAUUAUUUGGCAAUCAAACAUUUACUCGAUGAAGUCAAUCAAUCAAAUGAAACGUCAAAGUUAUUUUUGUUUAAUCAAACUGCCAUUAUUAAGAAAGUUAUUUUAUUACAGCCACCCACACAAUCAAAAGACAUAGUAAAUGGAAUUUGGCCUGACAAAGAAUCUUUAUUUAUACCUGCUAAUGUUUUAUUAUCAGCAAUAUCAUCAGAUGUAAUAGAAAAAACGCAGUUGUUUUUUUACGCACAUAAAAAGCCAAUUAUAAAUUUGAAUCCAAGAACAUAUGGUUUUAAACCAAAUGUUCCUAUGAUUAAAGAAAGUAGACUUCUAAGUUCAGGGUAUGACUACCAUCGCCUUCAUGUUGUGCUGGAUCUCUUAAAUUUCUUACAUUUUCAUUAUUUAUCAGUAUUAUCAUCUACUGAAGUGCAAACUUUACACAUCUCAAAAGUUUUUAAAAGGUCUUUUAAAGGUUGUAUUAAUGCCUUAUUUAUAAUUGGCUCAAACUAUUUGGAAAACUUUGAAAAAAUAUCGCAACAUCUAUCUUAUUUAAAUUCGACAAAUGUUGGGCUGCUUGUAUUAUUCACCUCUGAUAAAGAUUCACAAAUGGUUCUGGAAUCACUUAAAAUUUUAAAACUUGGAAAGCGAUUUACACUUUUAUUUGUUUUUGGAGGUACACAUAUUGAUGUGAUUCGAGGAUUAGAAGAAAUUGCUCAUGGUGCAUUAACUAUAGACCAUUUUAAUGAAGAAAAUUUACAUUUUAAGAACUAUGUUCUCCAACAGAAUCCCUACAAUAAUUUAAAUGAUGAACAUUUUUUAAUGUAUUAUGAAGAUGUUUAUCAGUGUAACUUAAAGAUUUAUAUUCCCUCCCCUAAAAGACAAUCAUUUCGUAAUCAAUGCAUAGAACCUUAUUUAAACUUAAGCAGUAACCAUGGAUACUACUAUUCACCUAUUUCUAAAAUUGCUAUUAAUGCAUUAAAAGAUUUUUUCGAAACUCUUCAUGAAGUCAUGGUUGGUAAUGGGUGUGUUGUAAAUUCUACAGAUUGUCCAAAUUUUUUUGACUUUAAUAAAUCAUUAUCAGAAAAUAAAAAUUAUGAUAUUUUGCUUAAAGCUUUAAAAAUAAAAUAUCAAUAUGAUCUGAAUAGUUUAAACACAACAUAUGCAAUAUACAAUUUUCAAAUAUACAAUACAACAACCUUCAAUAAAAUAAUUGGUUUAUGGGAACAUCAAAAGUUAAAGAUUUAUGAUGCAUUUCAAUUUGGUUAUCAAACUCCUAAUAAAGUUUGUAGUUUACCAUGUCCACCUGGAUAUUUUAAAAAAUUUAAAGGGUUUUUAAACCAUCCACGUUGCUGUUGGGAUUGCAUUGAAUGCCCUUUAAAACAUAUUGUGGUUAAUGAAACAUGUUUAAAGUGUGCACCAAACAAGAGAGCUAAUUUAACUACCAAUCAAUGUGAUACAAUACCGUUUAAAUAUUUUUCUUUUGAAAAAAGUAGUUGGAAAGAAAUUAGUAUUUCUAUCCUUUCUUUCACAGGAAUGGUCUUUGUGAUCUGUGAAUUUGUUGUUAGUAUAAAGUUUAGAGGACACGACGUUGUUAAGUCAGCUGGUUUUGAAUUUUCUUUGACAAUACUUUGUGGCAAUUUGUUACUGUUUAUCUGUCCCUUUGUUUAUUUUGCAACACCAAAUGCCUUAGUUUGCGCUUCACGAAAUAUUGUGCCAUCUUUAGCUUGUGUAAUUAUUUACAGUGCUUUAUUACUUAAAGUCAUAAGAGUGUUUCGUAUAUUUACUUCAUCAAAAAUGCCUACACCACUCAAAUUUAUAAGAAGAGAUUCCCAACUCAUGGCAGUGGCUUUCUGUUCUGCACUUCAACUAAUAUAUACAUGCCUUUGGUUUUUUGAAAGUCCACCAGUUUCUGAACAUAUAGUUUCAGCUGAUGAAACUCAUAUUAAUAUUGUUUGUCGCAAUAGUCAAACUAUAUCUACAAUUUUAAAAAACAAUAUUUGUUUGUAUAUCAUUCAGAUGUUAUGCAAUGCAGUAGCCUUUUCUUGCAGAGGUUUUCCUCAAAAAUAUCACGAAAGUUUUUAUAUCAAUAUUAUAUCACAUGCUUCUAUUGUUCUGUGGGCUAUUUUCUAUACUGGAUUAGGAUUUUUAAUAAUCAAUGUGGAGUAUUUAAUCUGUUAUCUGUGUAUUUUUUUGGGAUAUAUAACAUUUUUGGGUUUGUCUAUCAAUAAAAUAAAAUGUGUUAUUCAAUAUUUUAAAUGAACUAUUUUUUCGUUUUUAUCAUUGGCUUACUUGCUUUUAAUAUAUCUUGUUUUCUUUUGUAAAAAAAAAAGCAUAAUAUUAACUCAAGAGGAACAACAAGCAAGGCUUCUGAAAUUUUUAAAAAACUUUCAUUUGAAAUUCUGAUUUUUACGAUAGUUUGUGAAAUUCUGUAAAAAUUUUAAAGGUUUUGUUGAGUGUAUAUUGUAAAUUUUUUAAGUAAAGAUUUUGACGAGUUUUUAAGUUGUAAAUAGUUGUUCUUGGAGUUUUAUUUUAUUACAUAUUUUUUGUUCAACAACUGUAAAUAUUUAUAUAAGCUGAUGAAAUAUUUUUAGAGUACGCCUAGUACAUAGUAAACGUCAUCAGGAUUACACGUUCUAUUUGAGGCAGGCACGAUAUUAUUUUUAAUAUUUUUGUUUCAUCUAUUCUGCCACAUUAACAACUCUUAAAUUUUAUGUUGCUAUUUAGUCAGAUUAUUUGGAUUUGUGUUUUUUUUUUUAAACAUGAUAGAAAUUUUUAAGAAUUUUAUUUUCAUGUUUGAGUAUAAUCUAAAAUAUGUUCAAGUGUUGUUUUGUUUGAUAAUAUAUUUUUCAGAUUUUA